GGCGCGCCUAGCGGCCGGAGGGGUGCGUUUCCGGUGUGGGUGGCGGGAGAUCGGUCCCCUUCUCUUUCUCUUCCGCCAGUCCUCAACUUCAUUUUUGUUUGUUGUCAAUUUUAACAAGUAAAAAAAAACAAAAAAAACCCAGAUCCUUUUAGUUUAAUGUGCAUUUGGGCGCUGAUAAUCAUAUUAAAUUAAGAAUAAGGAAAAACUACAGCACGUUUGAUAGGCCAAGUUGUUGGAGCACUUAUUAUUAUUAUUAUUAUUAUUAUUAUUAUUAUUAUUAUUAUUAUUAUUUAGGUCAAAGUGAAAUUAUGAAGCGCAGGAGCUGUGACGAUUCUCCAGCUGCAAGCGACGCAGCGGCGGCGGUGCGCCCCUCCCUCUCUCUGGCUGCGCUCCGGCUCUUGGCCCCGCCCAUCAGGCUGCUUUGUGCAGCGACGUGGCGCGUGGUGAGCCGCAGGGAAGCCAAGCAUUAUGGGAAGGUGGUGGAGUUUGUGGAGAUGGUGACCGAGUUCGCGCCGGAGGUUUUAAACUACAGACAUCGAGCCAAGAUCAUCCUGGGACUACGAGCGAAGAUGAUAAUGGAGAUGCUGGACCACCGGUCGCAUCCAACGCAAAUUUUAGCAGAACUGGAAAAGUUUGUCUGUCCAGCUUCACCGAAAAACAUGCAGCCGAAACAGAGAGACGUCGUUAAGGUUCAGAAAUCUGUGGAGAGUUUCCGAAUCCUCGUGCAGUCUCUGCUGAAACAGAAACCGCUCAGAAAUCUGUACCUACAGGAGACUCUCUCACUGGAAUACGGGGACGAGUUUUUGUCGGUGCUGGAGAAACUGGUCUGGGAGUUCUUACUGCGACUGGAUCAACUGUUACAGAGUCUCGACUUCGAACAGGUUGUGUCUGCUGUAAAUGACGCCCCCUGUGUAUUGGAGGAAUUACUGCAGCAGUGCAAGGACCCCCAGGCAGUACAAGCGCUUCUGCAGUACCACAGAGUCUUGGACCGCCGAGACCCUGCCCACCAGGAGUCAGAAGAGAGCCGGGACUUCGAUUCCAUACUCUGCACAUUACAGAACUCCCCAAAUGCAUUACAAGCUUUUACUCUGAGAUCCGCCCAGCAACAGCAUAACCAAUCGGAAAGGGGUGGCAAAUGCUGUGCGGAAAAACACACCAAAAGGGCCAAUCAGCAGACCGAGGGGGCGUGGCCAGCAGAGAGAGACACACCCACUGCAAGGAGAGAGGGUGGGGAGACACAAAAGGGUAAAGAGAGGGUUGGUAGAGACAAAAGGGAGGGGCCUGUGUGUAAAGACACGCCCUCAAAGAAAAAGGGGGUUGGGCUUCAGUGUGUUGGCAAAGGGGAGGGACUUACUUACACUAAAAGAACUCUCCGGAAUAGACGGCUUCCUUUGAGUGGAAAAGGGGAGGGGCAUGAAGAGAAAGACACGCCCCAGACAGGAAAAGGGGAGGGGGCUGGCAGACAGGAAGAGGAGGGACAGGAAGUGAGGUCGGUGCCGUGCAGCUUGUUUUAUAAGUCGCACAAGAGGGUCAGACGAAGUUCGAAUUCACUAGGUGACGAUUCCCGUUUGGAUUCGGAGUGGGCCCACGAAGAUUCCGGAACCCGGCGGGAUUCCGAAACCCGGCGGAAUUCCGAACGCGAAUCCCAGCAUUUGCGAAGGAGCUCCCGGAAUUCUUUGGGGAAAGGUUCCCAGAUUUGCCGGACUCCGGAAAAAAGUGGCGUGAAUUCCCGCGAGAGGGAGCGGCAUUCCCGGCGUGCUGAACGCAGCGGUCGGAAUUCCGACGGAGACUCGGGGGAGCGGGAAAGCCCGCCGUCUCUCCGCUCCCGCGCCACCGCUUCCUGCCACCGGAGAAAACUCGCCGUCGUGAUUCGCCGGCUGGAUUUCCUAGCCCCGCCCCCUCCUGGCGUCUCCCAGCAGGAAGUGAGGAAGGACGGGCAGGAAGCGGAAUUGUUGAACCCCAGGAGGUGGAAGCAGGGCGAUGACCCCGCGACCCCCGGCAGGACCCGCCCCACGAUGACGUCGCCCGGGGAAACAGGAAGUGGCGACGAGAAAGAAAACCGCUUCGACUUUGUCAGCGAGACAGGAAGCGUGCCGCUGGUACUGUCACCCCGGCAACACGAACCACUUCUGAGUCUCACGCCACUGGACGCAGGCGAUGAUGUCAUCCUAGAUUCCGAGGAUGAAGAGACCAAGUCUUUCAAAGGCCGGCUCUUCAUGAAGAAAUACUACAGGACGAAGUACAACACCUUCAUCCCCACGCUGAGAGAGUUCCUGAGACCAGUCAAGCGCGCCCACCCCCUCCCCCGGGAAGAGCUCCGCCCUGCAAAGCUACGGACAGAGAGAGAGUUUCAUUCUGAAGAUUGAAAGCAGAUUAUCGACUCUCCUCGGAGGCUGAUGUGAACUAUAUAUAUAUAUAUAUAUAUAUAUAUAUUAUAUA